UGCCUCACACCGUCUCUCUCCACGCUGCUAUAUACACCUGGAAGUCCUGCGCGAAGCAGGCAGAGUAGAGAGACGCUGGCUCGUUUGAAAGACUAACUUGACCGUUGAAUCACUGGAUAACGGUGCACACGGAAGAGCCCAGAGCAGGGCUAGGACCUGCGAGAAAGACGUGUAGUGGCCGCUCCUCACUCAGCCACGAUGCCCGAUUUUAUUUUAGCCUUUUUAACCAUAUCGGGAUUAUUUCCAAUGGCCAAAUUGCUGACAGCGGUCGGAGCCGAGCAAGAAGCCCCUGUGUGUGACGUGGGCGAGUAUCUGUGCCAUGACCGGCAGACAUGUGUGUCUGUGCGGUGGCUCUGUGAUGGGGAGGAUGACUGCUCAGAUGGUUCUGAUGAGGGCCCAGACCAAUGUUCUGGGGAAGUAGUGCUGAAAUGUCCACUCAAUCACAUACAGUGCAUAGGUACGAAGAAGUGCCUUCACUUCAACAAGCUUUGUGACGGAGCUCUGGACUGCAAGGAUGGCUACGACGAAGGAGUCCACUGUCGAGAGCUCCUGCCCUCAUGCCAUGAGCUGAGGUGCCAGUACGAUUGCGUCAUGACGCGGAACGGCACAAUCUGUUUCUGCGGCGACGGCUUCGAGGUGGACAAGGACGGGAAGAAAUGCAGAGAUCACGACGAGUGCUCUGUGUAUGGGACGUGUAGCCAAACUUGCCUUAACACCCACGGGUCGUACCAAUGCAGCUGCACGGAGGGGUAUACCCUGCAGAGCGACGGCAGGUCCUGUAAAGCCAAACACGAGCCUGGCGAUCGACCUCCAGUGCUGGUGGUAGCGAACCUGGACGUGAUCACGGUCACACAACUGAACGGAACGCCGGUGGCCAACAUGAAGUCUCUGGACACCAAUGCGACACAGACCCUGGACUUCAGGCACCGGGAGGAGUCCCUGUGCUGGCUCUCGUCGUCCUCGGAAUCUGUCGGUCACCUCUGGUGCACCUCCAUGAUGAAACUAAAAGGGUUUUCAGAGCCAAGACGGAUUCAUGUUGGACAAAACCUGCAAAAUGUGGAGCAUAUGGCCAUUGAUUGGCUCACAGGCAACUUUUACUUUGUGGACCGCAUCAGCGAUCGAAUAUUCGUCUGUAAUGAGCUGGGUGACUCCUGCGUCACUAUCAUCGAUCUGGAUAUCCAGAACCCCAAAGGGAUCGCUUUGGAUCCAAUGAUGGGGAAGUUGUUUUUCACGGAUUAUGGGAACAUGGCCAAAGUGGAGCGCUGCAACAUGGACGGCACCAACCGGACCCGGAUAGUGGACCACAGGACCGAACAGCCCUCGGCCCUGGCUCUGGACCUGGUCAGGAAGCUGGUGUACUGGGCGGACGUCUACCUGGACUACAUCGAAGUGGUAGAUUAUGAUGGGAGAAACAGGCACAGUGUCAUUCGAGGCCAGUCGGUGUCACACCUUCAUGGAUUAACUCUCUUUGAAGAUUAUUUGUUUGCAACCUGUGCUGAGCCCUUACAGGGAACCAAAGUGGACAUUUUGCAGAUAAAUCGCUUCAACAGCACACUCCCAAAGACUGUUGUCACGCUGCCGACUUCCAAAGCAAUACGUGUUUACCACAAACUCACUCAGCCAACAGUGAAGGGCCACGCUUGUGAGCCUGACUCCUAUGGCAAGCGCGGAGGCUGCUCCCACAUCUGUCUGCUCAGCAGCAGCUACAAGACUCGCGUGUGCCGCUGCCGCGCCGGCUUCGCCCUGGGUGCCGAUGGACAAUCGUGCAAAAAACCCAAGAACGAGCUGUUCCUUUUCUACGGGAAAGGCAGACCUGGAGUCAUCCGAGGCCUGGACGUGAAAACCAAACCGGGUGACGAGCACAUGAUCCAGAUCGAGGGCCUGGUGAGCCCCCGAGCGCUGGACUUCCACGCAGAGACAGGUUACAUCUACUUUGCCGACACCACCAGCUUCCAGAUCGGCCGACAGAAAAUUGAUGGCACCGGCCGUGAAACUAUCCUGAAGGAUGACCUCGACAACGUGGAGGGGAUUUCGGUGGACUGGAUCGGGAACAACUUGUACUGGACCAACGACGGCUACAGGAAGACGAUCAGCGUUGCUCGGCUGGAAAAAACGGCCCAGAGCAGAAAGACUCUCCUGGAGGGAGACAUGACGCAUCCCAGAGCCAUUGUAGUGGACCCGCUCAACAGUUGGAUGUACUGGACAGACUGGGAGGAAGAUGAGGUGAAUGACAGCAUUGGUCGUAUCGAGAAGGCGUGGAUGGACGGGUCACACCGGCAGAUCUUCGUCACCUCCAAUAUGUUGUGGCCCAAUGGGCUGGCUCUGGACCACGCCGUUGGCGUCUUGUACUGGUGUGAUGCCUACUAUGACCACAUCGAGCGCAUCUUUCUCAACGGCACCCACAGAACGGUGGUGUACAAUGGGAAAGAGGUCAACCACCCGUUCGGGAUCACACAGCACCUGAAUCACAUAUUCUGGACGGACUAUAUGAAUGGAUCCAUCUUCCAACUGAACCUCCAGACGGCCCAGGUGAACCUGAUGAGGACUGAGCGGCCGCCACUGUUUGGACUGAGAGUGUAUGAUGCUCAAAGUCAACAAGGUGAUAACGCCUGUCGUAUUAACUAUGGGGGCUGCAGCUCGCUCUGCCUGGCCAUCCCUGGAGGCCGUGUGUGUGCCUGCGCUGACGACCAGACGCUGGAUAAGAACAACGUCACGUGUUCACGCACAUCCCAUAAGGCAGAGCCACAGCACUGCAGGAGUGAUGAGUUCCAGUGCAGGAACCUGCGCUGCAUCCAGCUCUCCUGGAAGUGUGACGGAGAUGACGACUGUCUGGACGGGAGUGACGAGGAGCCUCUGCUCUGCUUGAACCACAGUUGUCCAGUGGAUCAGUUCAAGUGCAUGAACAACCGCUGCAUCCCCAAGAAGUGGCUGUGUGAUGGCACCAAUGACUGCGGAGCCAACGAGGACGAGUCCAGUUUCACCUGCUCAGCUCAGACCUGCCAGUCGGACACAUACCCCUGCCUGAACGGACGCUGCAUCCCUGUCAGCUGGGCCUGCGACCGUGACGAUGACUGUGGAGACAACUCGGACGAGCCGACUUCGUGUGUUUUCCCCACAUGUGAACCUCUCACACAGUUCAGCUGCUCAAAUGGGAAGUGCAUUAGUGUGAAAUGGCACUGUGAUUCAGAGGACGACUGUGGAGAUGGCAGUGAUGAGCUGGGCUGCGUCCAUGCCUGCUCUAAUGCUCAGUUCCAGUGUGCCAGUGGGAAAUGUAUCCCUGAGCACUGGGUGUGUGAUGGGGACAACGACUGUGGAGAUCACAGCGACGAGAACGCCACAUGCACAGGCACAGUGGCCACGGCUCCGGUCAGUGAGUGCGGCGACGGAGAGUUCCACUGCAUCAGCGACGGCACGUGCAUCCCCGAGCGCUGGCGCUGCGACGGGGACAAGGACUGCGAGGACGCCAGCGAUGAGACCCGUUGCCACGGCACCCGCCGCGUCUGCGACCCCCAGGCCAAGUUCACCUGUAAGCUCUCAGGGAAGUGUAUCAGCCGCAGCUGGGUGUGUGAUGGCGACCAUGACUGUGAGGACCACUCGGACGAGGAGGCCUGCGAGGUGCCGGCGUGCAAACCCCCGCGCCACCCCUGUGCCAACGACACGUCGGUCUGCCUGCUCCCGGAACGCAUCUGCAACGGCCGCAGAGACUGUGCCGACCACUCGGACGAGGGGCCCUUCUGUGAUGAAUGCUCGGUGAGGAACGGGGGUUGUAGUCACCAGUGCUCUGUCGCCCCGGGCCGAGGGGUGGUGUGCUCCUGCCCCUCGGGCCUCCAUCUGGGCUCUGACAACCGCAGCUGCGAGGCGGUGGACUACUGCACCAAGCACCUGAAAUGCAGCCAGGUGUGCGAGCAGUACAAGACCACGGUCAAGUGCUCCUGCUACCCCGGCUGGAGACUGGACCCUGACGGCGAGGAGUGCCACAGCACAGAUCCCUUUGAGGCCUUCAUAAUCUUCUCAAUCCGCCACGAGAUCCGGCGCAUAGACCUGCAUCAGCGUGACUACAGCCUGCUGGUCCCAGGUCUCAGGAACACCAUCGCCCUGGACUUUCACUUCCUGCAGAGCCUGCUUUACUGGACAGACGUGGUGGAGGACAAGAUCUACAGGGGGAAACUAGCAGACGGUGGAGGGGUAAUUGGAGUUGAGGUGGUGGUGCAGCAUGGCCUGGCUACUCCAGAAGGCCUGGCCGUGGACUGGGUGGCCGGGAAUCUGUACUGGAUCGACAGCAACCUAGACCAGAUCGAGGUGGCCAAACUGGACGGAGCCUUGAGAAGCACGCUGAUCGCUGGGGGCAUGGAGCAUCCGCGAGCCAUCGCCCUGGACCCCGGGCAUGGUGUCCUCUUUUGGACAGACUGGGAUGCCACGUUCCCCCGCAUCGAGGGCGCCUCCAUGGACGGAGCCGGACGCCACGUAGUCUUCAAGGAGAUGGAGCUGGGCGCCUGGCCCAACGGCCUCACGCUGGACCACCAGGAGAAGCGCAUCGUGUGGACAGACGCCCGCUCUGAUGCCAUCUACUCAGCACUCUACGAUGGCAGCGGGCUCAUUGAGAUUCUCAGGGGGCACGAGUACCUGUCGCACCCCUUCGCUGUGACCCUGUUCGGCGGCAACGUGUACUGGACAGACUGGAGGACCAACACGUUGACCAGGGCCAACAAGUGGACUGGGGCCAAUGUCACAGUCAUCCAGAAGACCAGCGCCCAACCGUUCGACCUGCAGAUAUUUCACCCUAGCAGGCAACCUCAAGGUUCAAACCCAUGUGAGGCGAAUGGUGGCCGGGGACCUUGUUCCCACCUGUGUCUGCUCAACUCCAACCACACAGCCUCCUGCGCCUGUCCCCACCUCAUGAAGCUGGACGAAGACAACACGUCCUGCAUGUCGUUGAAGAGGUUUCUGUUGUACGCCCGGCGAUCAGAAAUCCGCGGAGUUGACAUUGACAACCCCUACUUCAACAUAAUCACGGCCCUAACCGUGCCCGACAUCGAUGACGUCACCGUGGUGGAUUUCGACUCGGCGGAGGAGCGCAUCUAUUGGACGGACGUGAAAACUCGCACCAUAAAGCGUGUGUUCAUUAACGGCACAGUGAUUGAGACGAUCAUAUCUGGGGAUCUGCUGAAUGUGAGAGGCCUGGCUUUAGACUGGCUGUCCAGGAACAUGUACUGGCUGAGCUCGGAGAAUGACGAGACUCAAAUCAAUGUGGCUCGUCUGGACGGUUCGCUGAAGACGUCUGUUGUUCACGGGAUUGACAAGCCCAGGUGUCUAGUGGUGCAUCCUGUCAAAGGGAAAAUAUAUUGGACUGAUGGUAAUACAAUAAACAUGGCAAACAUGGAUGGAAGCAACAGCAAGAUACUUCAUCAGAAUCAAAAAGAACCCGUUGGCCUGUCCAUAGACUUCCCAGAUGGUAAGCUGUACUGGAUCAGUUCUGGCAACGGCACCAUCAACCGCUGCAGCCUGGACGGAGGAGGCCUGGAGGUGAUCGAGGCCAUGAAGAAAGAGUUAAUGAAAGCCACCGCGCUGGCCAUCAUGGGAAGCAAGCUGUGGUGGGCAGAUGACAUAUCGGCUCAGAUGGGAACGGUGGACAAGCUGGAUGGCAGGAGCACGGUCAUCAUGAGGCACAAGACGACUGGGGUGGUCCACAUGAAGGUGUACGAUGAGGAAGGCCAGACAGGGCGAAACCCUUGUCAGGUGAAGAAUGGUGGCUGCUCGCAGCUUUGUUUCCCAAUGUCCGAAACAUCGCGGACCUGUGCCUGCACCAUGGGCUACAACCUCAAGAGCGAUCGCGUGUCAUGUGAAGGAGUUGGCUCGUUCCUGCUCUACUCUGUUCAUGAGGGCAUCAGGGGUCUGCCUCUGGACCCCGGUGAUAACUCGGAAACCCUGAUGCCAGUCACGGGUACAGUGUUUACUGUGGGGCUGGACUUCCAUGCCGGUAAUGACACAGUGUAUUGGACAGACAUGGGUUUAAACAAGAUCUCCCGAGCCAAGCGUGAUCAGACCUGGCGUGAGGACAUCAUCACCAGUGGGCUCGGGAGAGUAGAGGGCAUAGCCGUGGACUGGAUCGCAGGUAAUAUUUACUGGACGGACCACGGCUUCAGUCUCAUAGAGGUAGCUCGUCUCUCUGGUAUGUACCGGGCAGUGGUGAUCUCCGAAGGACUUGACCAACCCAGGGCCAUUGCACUGCACCCAGUGAAAGGGUUCAUGUUCUGGACAGAAUGGGGCCAGAGCCCUCGCAUCGCCAGGGCUCGCCUGGACGGAUCCGAUCAAGCCACGCUCGUCAACUCUGGCGUCACCUGGCCCAACGGGAUCUCCAUCGACUACGAGGAAAAUAAAUUAUACUGGUGCGAUGCCCGCAGUGACAAGAUAGAGAGGAUCAACCUUGAGAGUGGUGCGAAUCGAGAGAUUGUACUGUCAGCCAGCAAUGUGGACCUGUUUGCCGUGGCAGUCUUCGGGGCUUACGUCUACUGGUCUGACAGGGCCCACGCUGACGGCUCCAUCCGACGCGGCUCCAAAAACGACGCCAGCAACUCACAGACUAUCCGCAGCGGCCUCGGGGUCAACCUCAAAGACGUCAAAGUCUUUAACAAAGUCCGGGAGAAAGGUACCAACCCCUGCGGGCGAAACCCCUGUCAACAGCUGUGUUUCCACCUGGGUGGUGGCAAACGGUCAUGUGCCUGCGCUCACGGUUACCUGGACGAGGACGGACUCCGGUGCCACCGGCACCCGGGCUACCUGCUCUACUCCGAGAGAACUGUUCUCAAGAGCGUCCACUUGUCUGACAAGGGGAAUCUCAACUCCCCCGUCAGGGCCUUUGAAAACCCGGCUUACUUUAAGAAUGUCAUCGCACUGGCUUUUGACUAUCGCCAGGACACAGUGGGGACCAAUCGGAUCUUCUUCAGUGACGUCCUUUUUGGGAAUAUACAGAUGAUUAAUGAUGACUGGACGGAUCGCAGAAUCAUUGUGGAAAACGUGGGGUCAGUGGAGGGUCUGGCAUACCACCGCGGCUGGGACACGCUCUACUGGACGAGCUCCACCAGUGCCACCAUCAGCAGGCACACCAUCGAGCCCGGCACCCACGUCGCGUUCAACCGCGAGCCCGUUGUCAUCAUGGCCGAGGACGACCACCCCCACGUGCUCGCUCUAGACGAGUGUCAAAACCUGAUGUUUUGGACCAACUGGAAUGAGCAGCAUCCGUGCAUCAUGAGGUCCACCCUGGCAGGAAAAAAUAUCCGGGUCAUCAUCAGCACCGAGAUCGCCACCCCCAAUGGACUCACCAUAGAUCACAGAUCUGAGAAGCUGUACUUUUCUGAUGGAAGCCUGGGCAAGAUCGAGAGGUGUGACUAUGACGGCUCCCACAGAUAUGUGAUCGUGAAGUCCGGUCCAGGGACAUUUUUUGGCCUGGCCAUCUACGGAGACUUCAUCUUCUGGUCGGACUGGGUCCGCAGAGCUGUCCUGCGCUGCAGUAAAUUCACGGGUGCAGACAUGACCGUGCUCCGCGCCGACAUCCCGCACCAGCCAAUGGGAAUCGUCGCCGUUGCCAACGACACCAACAGCUGUGAGCUGUCACCCUGUAGGGUCAUGAAUGGAGGAUGUCAUGACCUUUGCCUGUUGACCCCUCACGGCACGGUGAACUGCAGCUGUAGGGGUGAACGGCAACUGCUGGAUGAUAACCGAUGUGUAUCCAGAAACUCAUCCUGCAACAUCCACAGUGAGUUUGAGUGUGGAAACGGAGAGUGCGUUGACUAUCAGCUGACCUGCGAUGGGAUUGCACACUGCAAGGACAAGUCAGACGAGAAAAUGCAAUAUUGUGAAAACCGAAGGUGCAGGCAGGGUUUCAAACCCUGUUACAACCAGCGCUGUGUGGCCAACAGCCGCUUCUGUGACGGAGUUGACCACUGUGGGGAUAACUCAGACGAGGUGUUCUGUAACAAUUCCACAUGCGGCGCCUCGGAAUCCCGCUGUCAGGACGGGGAAUGCGUCCCGAACUCGGCCUGGUGCAAUCAGAUUAUCGACUGCGCCGACGCCUCUGACGAAAAGAACUGCGAUAACAUGAGCUGUGUGGAUUACUACCGGCUGGGCGCGAGGGAGACGCCGUUCCUCAGCUGCAACUCCACGUCGCUGUGCAUCCACCCGUCCUGGAUCUGCGACGGAGCCAACGACUGCGGGGAUUACGCCGACGAAGCCCACUGCCAGGCGUCUGUUGGACACACUUGUGAAGACGGACACUUUGCCUGUCCCAGCGGAAACUGCAUCUCCAGCGUCUGGCUGUGCGAUGGACAGAAGGACUGCGAGGAUGGAGCGGAUGAGUUUCAGUGUGACUCCUCGUGUUUGUGGAAUCAGUUUGCGUGCUCCAAGCACAAGUGCAUUGCCAAGCAGUGGCUUUGUGACGGAGAGGAUGACUGUGGAGACGGCUUGGACGAGAGCGAAGGGAUUUGUGGGUCAGUGACGUGUGGCUCCGGUCUCUUCAGCUGCCCCGGCUCCUACGCCUGCGUGCCCAAGCGCUGGCUCUGUGACGGGGAGAGAGACUGUCCCGACGGCAGCGAUGAGCUGGCAGCCGCUGGCUGUGCUCCUAACACCACAUGCAGAGAAGGCACCUUCCGCUGUCGCAACCAGAAGUGCAUCCCUAGACAGUACGUCUGCGACCAUGACGACGACUGUGGCGAUGGCUCUGACGAACACCCACAAUGUGAGUAUCGUUCCUGCAGACUGGGCGAGUUCCAGUGUGCCGACGGCCGAUGUUUGCUCAGCACCCAGUGGGAGUGUGACGGUGUCUCAGACUGCCCAGACCACUCCGACGAGCUGCCACACAACCCCAAGUGCUCCGCCGCAGAAAGUUUGUGCAACGGUUCAUUCUUCAUGUGUGGAAACGGCCGUUGCGUACCACUGGCCAGCGUGUGCAAUCUCCGUGACGACUGUGGCGACCGCUCAGAUGAGAGGAACUGCAACGUCAAUGAGUGUCUCAACCGGCGCGUCAGCGGCUGCUCGCAGGACUGCCUGGACCUACCUGUGGGAUACAAGUGUAAGUGUUGGGCUGGUUUCUACCUGAAGAAUGAUGGGAAGACAUGCGUGGACAUAGACGAGUGUGUGCUCAGCUUCCCCUGCAGCCAGCAGUGUGUGAACACCUACGGCUCCUACAAGUGUGUGUGUGCCGACGGCUACGAGGCUCCCGCAGCCAAUCCACACAGCUGCAGGUCCACCUCAGCUGAAGAGCCUUUUCUCAUUCUCGCUGACCACCACGAGAUUCGGAAGAUCAGCGUUGACGGGUCCAAUUACACCCUCUUAAAACAGGGCCUCAACAGCAUUAUCUCCAUCGACUUCGACUAUAAAAAGGAAUUCAUCUAUUGGAUUGAUUCAAGUCGGCCAAGCGGUCGGAGGAUAAAUAGGAUGCGGUUGAAUGGCAGUGACCUCAAGAUAGUCCACAGGAGCUCAGUGCCUAGUGCUCUGGCCGUGGACUGGGUUGGAAAAAACCUGUACUGGUGUGACGCGGAGAAGAAGUCUCUGGAGGUGUCGAAGGCUAACGGCCUGUACCCCACCAUGCUGCUCAGUGCUGGGGUCCGAAACCCCGUCAGCCUGGCCCUGGACCUCCAGACUGCGCAAGCUUUCUGGAUUGACUGUUGUGAAGCUCCAUACAUUGGUCGUGUUGGGCUAGACGGUAGCCAACCCGAUGUAAUCAUCAAUGCUGAGAUGUACAACCCCACAGCCCUGGCCAUCGACUACGUCAACAAAAGACUCUACUGGGCCGACGACAGUCACAUCAUGUUUGCCAACACUGAUGGCACAAGAAGACAAAAAGUCCCUAAUCAAGACAUCCACGGGGUGCUGAGCCUGGCCCUGUUUGAGGACUACGUCUACUGGACGGAGGAGAAGUCCAAGUCCCUGAGCCGCGCGCACAAGACCUCCGGAGAGCACAGGGCCGAGCUGCUCAGCUCUUGGCAGCCAAUCAGAGACAUCAAGGUGUACCAUCCCUACCGCCAGCCCGAGGUGCCAAAGCACCAGUGCCAGGUGGCAAACGGAGGGUGCAGCCACCUGUGCCUGCUGGCGCCAGGGGGGAACUACAGGUGUGCGUGCCCCACCCACUUCUACCUGGCUGCCGACAACAAGACCUGUCUGUCCAACUGCACCGCCAGUCAGUUCCGUUGUGGUACAGAUGAGUGUAUUCCUUUCUGGUGGAAAUGUGACACAGUGGAUGACUGCGGUGAUGGUUCUGACGAGCCUGCAGACUGCCCCGAGUUUAAGUGCCAGCCGGGUCGUUUUCAGUGCGGGACGGGUCUCUGCGCUCUUCCUCCCUUCAUCUGCGACGGAGGAAGCGACUGCGGUGAGACAACUUGGUUGAAAACCAACUGCGAUACCUACAUCUGCCUGUCGGGCCAGUUCAAGUGCACCAAAAGUUGAAGUGCAUCCUCUGAACCCUGCGGCUGUAACGGACAGGGCGACUGCGAGGAGGAGGAGAGAGAGAGAGAUGUUAGAGAGACCACGUGCUCCCCAAACGAGUUCCAGUGUAAGACCACAAUGCAUUGCAUCUCCAAGCUGUGGGUGUGUGACGAAGACCCUGACUGCGCCGAUGGCUCGGACGAGGCCAAUUGUGACGAGAAGACCUGCGGUCCUCAAGAGUUCCGCUGCAAGAACAACAACUGCAUCCCUGACCACUGGCGCUGUGAUGGCCAGAGCGACUGCGGGGACAACUCGGACGAGGAGAACUGCAAGCCAGUCACGUGCAACUCUAAAGACUUCAUGUGCACUAAUGGAGAGUGUAUCUCGGCACGCUUCCGCUGUGAUGGGGACUUUGACUGCGGGGACAACUCAGAUGAGAAAGACUGUGUGAGCCAUUGUUCGGCAGACCAGUUCCGUUGCCAUAACAACCUGUGCAUCUCCACCAAGUGGCUAUGUGAUGGUCAGGAGGACUGCAAGACAGGAGAGGACGAGCUCAACUGCCAGGGCACGGCAUCUCCCUCCUGCUCGGUAAGCGAAUAUGUCUGCUCUAGCGGUGGGUGUGUGUCUGCCACGCUCAGGUGUGAUGGCCACAAUGACUGUUCAGACGGCUCUGACGAGCUGGACUGUGCUCGUGAGUGCCAGGAAGAUGAGUUCCUGUGCCGUAACCGUGCCCACUGUGUUCCGGCACGUUGGCGCUGCGAUGGCAUCUAUGACUGCGUGGACCACAGCGACGAGGACAGCUGUGACCAUGGCGUGCAUUUAUGCCGCGCAGAUGAGUUUAUUUGCAACAACACACUAUGCAAGCUCCAUAUCUGGGUGUGUGACGGCGAGGACGACUGUGGAGACAACUCCGAUGAAGAUGCAGAAAUGUGUGCCAAGCUGCCAUGCCCUCCAAGCCGAGCUUUCCGCUGUAGGAACAGUCGAGUGUGCCUGCAUCCCGAACAGCUCUGCAAUGGAGCAGACGAUUGUGGAGACAACUCAGAUGAGGAAGAGUGUGAAAAUGUGGUGCGUAGGCCGAGGCCAUGCGGUAAGACUGAGUUCACCUGUAGUAACCACCGGUGCAUCCCUGCCGAGCUGCAGUGCGACCUGUUUGACGACUGUGGGGAUGGCGGCUCAGAUGAACAAGAAUGCAAAGCCUUGGUCAUGGAGGACGCGUGUCGUGGGAGAGCAAGCCUGUGUGGCGAGGACGCGGUCUGCAACCAAUCACGGCCCAACUCGGUGUGCCAGUGCAAGGCAGGCUUUCAGAGGAACUUGAGGAGAAAACAAUGCGAAGAGGUCAAUGAGUGCUUGGCCUUUGGCACAUGUUCCCAUUACUGCUACAACACUAAGGGCUCCUACAAGUGUACAUGUGACAGGAACUUUAAAGAAAUUGACGGCGAAUGUGUCACCAAAGGGCCAGAGGACCAGGUGCUGUACAUUGCUAACGACACGGAGAUCCGCAGCUUUGUGUACCCAUUCCAUCACAGCCAUGGCCACAAGCUGGUGGCCCGCAUUGAGGACAGUGCGCGCAUCAUCGGCAUGGACGCACUUUUCCACCGCCACACGUUUGUCUGGGCCACGCAGUUCAACCCAGGAGGCAUCUUCUACCGCGACACCCAGGACCGCAGUCCCUCAAAGACCAGCAGUGGGAUUGUUUGUCCAGACUUCCGGCGUCCACGUGAUAUCUCGGCCGACUGGGUAACGGGCAACCUCUACUGGACAGACCACUCCCGCAUGCACUGGUUCAGCUACUACACGGCCCACUGGCGCAGGCUGCGCUACUCCAUCAAUGUGGGCCAGCUAGGUGGACCCAACUGCACACGCCUCAUCACCGACAUUGCUGGCGAGCCCUACUCCAUCACGGUCAACCCCGUCCGAGGGAUGAUGUACUGGACUGUAAUAGGAGACCACUCCCAUAUCGAGGAGGCAGCUAUGGAUGGGUCUAUGCGGAGGGUCUUGCUGGAUAAGAACUUGAGGAGGCCUACAGGUCUGGCGAUCGACUACUUCAAUCAGCGGCUCUACUGGGCGGACGCCGAGCUGUCCGUCAUCGGUAGCGCGCGCUUCGACGGCUCGGACGUGGUCGUGGCCGCCAGCAGCCGACACGGCGUUUCCCAGCCGUCCCGCAUUGACCUGUUUGAGGACUACAUCUAUGGCACCGGCGUCAAGCACGACGUGUUCCGCAUCCACAAGUACGGCAAGCACCCCGUGGAGCGUCUGCAUCUGGGGACCGAGAAGCCAUCCAGCAUCUUGGUCUUUCAUCGCUUCAAACAACAAGAUGUUUCCAACCCGUGUGCGAAGAUGAGCUGUGACUUCAUGUGCCUGCUCAACCCGAGUGGCGCCACGUGCACCUGCCCGGAGGGAAAGAUUCUCGUCAACCGAACGUGCACUGACACCAACACCUCAGGGGAGCUGUGUCGGCCGGCGUGUGAGAAUGGGGGCCGAUGCGUUACCAAUGAGAAGGGCGAGUCUCGCUGCUACUGCUGGCCCAACUUCUCUGGGGAGAGGUGUGAAGUGAACCACUGCAAAGACCACUGUCACAACGGUGGCACCUGCUCUGGAUCGCCCCUAGGGAGGCCGACGUGUCGCUGUGCAACCGGCUUCACGGGCCCGCAGUGCGAGAGGCCAGUGUGUGACGGCCACUGCCUGAACGGCGGCACCUGCGACGUGAGCCUCGGCAACCAGCCCACGUGCCGCUGCCUUGCCGAGUACACCGGGGACCGCUGCCGUUACCAUAUCUGCCAUCACUACUGCGUAAACGCCAAGGCCUGUACACUGUCCGGCACGGGCCAUGUGGAGUGUGUGUGUCCCACGCAGUACGAGGGGCUCAGGUGUGAAGUGGACAGGUGUCUGUACUGCCACGGGGCGCCCUGUAUUGUCGACCAUGACUCAGGAGAUGUCUCCUGCAACUGCACCAAUGGCAGGAUAGCGUCCAGCUGUCAAUUGUGUGACGGCUACUGCUACAAUGGGGGCACCUGCCACCUCGACCCUGAGACCAGCCUGCCGUUCUGCCAGUGUUCAGCCAACUGGUCAGGAACACAGUGUGAGAAACCCGCCCCCAAGAGCAGCCGCUUGGACAACAUUAGUGGGAGAAGCAUAGCCAUCAUCGUGCCCUUGGUUCUCCUGGUGAUUAUCGUCAUGACUGUGGUGGUGGGGGUGCUCAUUUGCAAGAGAAGGCAGAGGGGUAAACGCGUGCAGAGGCAGCCCAUGGCCAACGGGGGUCUGAAUGUGGAGAUCGGCAACCCGUCCUACAACAUGUACGAGGUGGACCACGACAAUCACGCCGACGCGGGGAACCUGCUGCACCCCAACUUCACUCUGGACCCACACAAGGGCUGGUGUGUGCGCUCCAGUGAACCUCCUCGCUGUGUCCCCGUCCAUCCGGUCCCUGUCCCAAAGGAGAUGAUUCCAGGACAGGCACUAAAUUACGCCAACCCGGUCUAUGCCAAGAUGUACGUUGACGGACAGCAUUGUCGAAAGCCGGUGAUAACCAUGGACGAGAGGAGAGAGCUGCUCCCAAAGAGGCUCGAGGUGGCCAUUCGAGAGACGGCAGCGUAGCACCCUUUUUACCACCACUGCUUUUCUAUGCCUAUACAGAUGUACAGAAGAGAAAAGAAGACAAAAAAAUGAACGACGACAAAGAAACACUUUUGUAUGUUUCAUCCGUUUCCUCCACCACAACCUCACCGGUCCAACAGUUGUAAGAAUCAUGGAUAUCUGUUGCUUUAUUUGCAUAUCAUACAAAGUAUAUGCCAGUGCACUAUACAAACCACAACCACAAUAAGAUAUUAUGCUGCUGUUAUACCAAUUAUUAUAUUGUUGUAUUUACUUUGAGUUAACAAAGAUUAAGAGGAUUUAUUCAGUAUUCAUCGUUAUUUCUGUAGGAGUUGUUUAAUGAAUUCAUAUGUGCACAGUUGCCUUUGGUAACUAAUUUACCAACACACAUUGAUUAUAUGCCCAAGUUGCCUAUCCCAUAUAUCAGAUUAUCACAUAAGAACCAACCUCUUUUCACAUGAAUUCAAUUUCACAGUCUAAUUUGUUUCUGUUUGCUGGGAUUUGUUUUGUUUGUUUUGUUUUGUCGUAUACAUAUGUGUGCGUCUGUCUGUUGAAGCCUAUGUUUAUUUAUUGUCAUUUUGUGUUAGGAUUUUGAUUACUGAUAGAUUUAACAUUCUUCAUUCGUUCAGAAGGCCAUUUGCAAGUUCCUUUCACCCAUCACCUUUGCUUGAUACUUGUAGACACAAGUUGGUUUUUUUUUAAGUUAGCCACAGCCAUGUUAACCUGUCACUAAGCUGUCACCAAAUGGUUUAGAACUGUGUGUUGUCACAAUCAAAAGGUAAUUCUGAAUAUGGUCAUUUUCAUUUUGAUGAGGUCACAGACUGUUUGUAAGGGACUGAAUGAAGAUGAACACGAGGAACAAAAUGGGCUCCUACAUUCUUAUUUUAGAGACAAUGAAGAACCAAAACCAUUGCGCCAUCUUUAACAGAAAAAAAAUAUCUACACGCACAUAGAUUUACAAAGUUUUAUAAUUUUGUAUUUGAUUUAUAUGUCGAGUUGGCUUGUACUUUAAGGAAGUGUAUUAAAUGUAUUACUUUUAUACGAAAUGUACAGUACAUCAGUAUAAAAUAAAAAGGGUUUUAUUGCCAUUUGAGAUGAA